AUGGUGGAAUCGUCCGUCGCUCAGGUGGGCAGCGGCGUGCGACAGCUGUACGGCGACUUGGUGCGUGACCUCUUCGUGCCCGCCUGGGACGACGACGACCUCUUCGCCCCUGCCGCCCCCGCCACCGCCGCUGCUGCCAAGACGGUUGCUGCUGCUGCUGCUGCUGGUGCGCCGACCCAUGUCGCUUCUCACUCGAGUGCGCGCAAGCGCGCGUCGGCCUGCAGCGCGGCGGAGAGGGGCUCCAAAGUAGCGGGGAGGUCGGGGGGCGCGCGAGAGGCAGAAGUCGGCGGGCGUGCGACGGGACUUGGCACGGAUGGUGGUGGAGCGAACCCUGGUGUUCGUUCCCCCUCCGCCGCGCCACAACGCGCCUCUCCCGCGUCUGCCCAGCGCGGUACUCCGGGCGGGACUGCCCCGCCUGUCUCUGCUGCUUUGGCUGGAAAAAGGGGAACGGCGGUGCCUGCCGCCAGGGGGGCGAGUUCACCGGCCAGGGGGGGUUGCGACGAGGGCGAGAGUGCGGCCACAGUGGGGGGCGCGUCAGCAGCUGCUGCUAGUGGCGACGUGCGCAUGGCGCGGCGAACAGGGAGGGGCGACGUGGCAUCUGAGGGAGCGGUUAAAGCGCUGACCAUGGCAGGAGGACGAGGCGGUUUGGCAGGAGUGGUGGAGGGUGAGAGAGAGCGGGGCGGGACAGAGGGCAGAGUGGCAGCAGUGCGAGGAAAUCUCGGCACAGUAAGUGCGCCUGGUGGGACGAGACAGGGCGUGAGUGCGGCAUGCAUGGGACUGCAGGGAUUGGCACAGGCUGGCGACGAGUGCGAGGCAGAGGAGGAGGAGGCGAUGGGCGAGUGGCGGGAGAUGGUGGGCGAGCUGGAUGCGCUGCUGCCUGGCGACGCUGGGGAGGCCCAGGGGAGCAGCGUGGGGGAGGAGGUCCAGGGGAGCGGCGUGGGGGAGGAGGUCCAGGGGAGCAGCGUGGAGGAGGAGGCCCAGGUGAGCAGCGUGGGGGAGGAGGCCCAGGGGAGCAGCGUGGGGGAGGAGGCCCAGGGGAGCAGCGUGGGGGAGGAGGCCCAGGUGAGCAGCGUGGGGGGGGAGGGCUGGAGGAGUGGCACCAAGGGGAGCACUGGCCCUCAUUGGCCCUCUGGUGGAUCUGGCACUGCUGCGGGAAUGGUGGCUGGGGUCGUGCAGGCUGGGCACGCUGCAGGGGAUAAUUGCAAGCAGGGAGGGAGCGGGGAAGGGGGAGAGGGCAGCAACGAGCACAGGGCAGGUGCAGAGGGAAGAGCAGGGGGGUGUGGUGGCAGGGCAAGUGGGUCGCGUGGAGUGGAUGUGGUGGCGCAAGAGAGGGGUGAGGGAGGGCAGUGUGCAGGCGAAGGCGACGUGAACAAGGAAGGAGCUGUGGCACCAGCGUUGUGGUGCAAUCCAUGUGCGGCAGCCUUGGUGUGUGCUGCUCCACCUCUGGCUGUGCUGCGGUCGCCUUCCCCCCCGCCACAACCACCGCCACUGUUACAGGCACCGCCACCGCCACCACCACCGCCACAGCCGGCACGGGCACGGCUGGUGGGCGUCCAGCAGGUGGCAGCGGGCGCCGCCGCUGCCGCUGCCACAGAGAUGGGCGAUGGGGUUGGGGAAGGGGAGGGCGGAGGGGAGGUGGCGUGGAAGUGGGCUCCAGGAGGCGCAGCAGCAGUGCAAGGAGAUGCAGCGGUGUUGCUGGCUAGCAGCAGCAGUGAGGCAGCAGGUGGUGGUGCGCCAAGAGGGUGCAGUGAGGCAUUGCAGCGGCGUGACGAACCUCCGCGGAGUGAGGUACUGCCGGGGAGUGAGGCAAGAGAGCGAAGUGAUGCGCUCAGUGAAGCUAAGGACAUGGCAGUGGCUGGGAAAGGCAUUACUUGCACUGUAGCUGGCAUCAACGGCACCGACAGUGAAGCUGGGGCCUCCUGUGUAAGCACCACUGCAGCGACAGACAGCAAUGAGCAGCAGUUCGAGACAGUGACUGGAGCAGCAGGAGAAGGCGGCAGCGAGGAGGAUGAGGACGAGGCAUGCAUUCCAGACAUCGAUGAGGUGAGAGCAGACGAGGUCAUUGCGGAGUUGAGCAGCCACACCCUGCCUCCACUGCAGCAGAUAGCGGCUGGCCCUAGCCCACUCGCGGCCACAGCAGCCUUCCAGCACACUCCCAAUCAGCCACAAGGCGAGUUCACAGCACGCUGGGCUCCUGCACACAUCGAUCUCCCAACUGCAUCUCCAGCAGCCGUUGGUGACGUCGUCCCAUGCGGGCUGGAAGGUCAAGCUCCUCUAGAGGAAGAAUGGGACUGGGAGUUUGUAUGA